AUGACACCCACCAACAACAACCCGCAAAACUCGCGUCGCAAUUCACCAACCCCUCCUCCUUCUGCUGGAUCCAAUUCUUCUGGACCCGAGCCAUUCGCAAACCCAGCUCUUGGCACCAAUGGAGUCGAUAGCAUGGGCUUCUCCUUUGGGCAAAAUUUCUCCCAAGAUUACUCGUACAAUAGCGACUCUGACUACAUGUCUGGGAUCGGUAUGGGUAUGGGAGACGACCUCACGACCUUUUCAUCGUUUGGCAGCUAUGGUGUCUUCAACGAUUCUACCACUAACAACACGAGCAUGAACAACCCCACUGGCUUGGCAAGUCCCACUUCUCCUUCUGAAGUGCAGCAUAUUGUCGAGACCACGAUCAUGACCGGCGUUGAGAAUGGAGGAGGGCACAUCGCACCCAAUGCCAAACGGAGGCGGAUGACGCUCGACUCGAAUUUCAGCGGGUCCAGUGUUGCUCAUACCACAGGAGGUAGCAACUCUGCCCAUAGCUCCCCGACUGGUAUGGCAGGAAAGGGUUCGGGCAAUUCACCUCCCUAUUUUUCCCUCGAUGCUACCCUCAACGGCAGCAACAAUGGGAUCUCUGGAUCUACCAACAAUAACGCCGUAGAUCAAAAUGGCGCGGCAUCUCCUACUCGUUCCCUAUUCGCAAGUUCACCUGGCCAGUCCCUUCAGACCAUGUCUAAUGUGACCUACGACUAUUAUGGUUAUCCCAUUCACCCUCCCAUGGCACCUCUCCAUCCUCCCAGUCUGAUGCAUCCUCAUUCACUCACAUGGGGCGAGAAUCAGCUCCAGCAUACACCCACUCAGAGUUCCAUGAGUCAAGUUCAUUCCAUGUCUCGAUCCCCAUCGCAUUCUCGCAACGCCUCGCAUUCUCAUUCCCGCUCUCGGUCUGGUUCACAGCAUAUCACCAUGCCUCUCUAUCUCUACGAUGGUGGCGCUAGUAGCAGAGUAUACGAAGGUGCCAACGCUGCCACCCCAACGGCAACUGGAACAAAUAACCCGACGGAUGAGGAGAUUUUUAAUUCUGGCUUUGAUCUUUUUGAGCAUUCUGGUGCAGACGAUUCAG